UCGGUUUCAGCACGACGAAAAUGGAGACGGACGGAUCCGCCCAAUUCCUGGAGCAGUCCAGAUUCUGGAUACAGCGCGUCUUCGUGCCGAUCCUCGUGUUCAUCGGGGUCGGUGGGAACGUGGUAACGGUGAUGAUAUUAACAAGGAGACGAAUGCGCUGCACCACUAACAUAUAUUUAACAGCCCUGGCGAUUGCUGAUCUGAUCUAUCUCCUCUUCGUCCUGCUGCUCUCCUUCGAGCAUUACCCCAAUAUUCACAACAAGAAGUACGAGCUUUAUUGGAGGUUCUACGGAAUCACACAUUGGAUCUGCGAUGCUGCCAGUAGUACUUCAGUUUGGUUGAUAGUCUCCUUCACCAUCGAGCGUUACAUCAUCGUUUGCCAUCCGUUGCGUGGUAAAGUCUACUGCACCGAAGGAAGAGCUAAAAACAUCAUCACACUCGUCUGUAUUCUAUGCAUGAUAUCAACGGCUUCCACCACCUUCGAGUAUCAAUUGACGGUGAAGGAGCACUGCGUUCAAGAGAUAUGCGAUAACGCUCCUCACUCCCAUCAUCACCAUGCAACUCCCAUAACCCUGAACGAAACGCAAUCUAAAUCAAUGCAAGAUCCCGAAGAGCCGCGCUCUAAAAGAGACUCGGAAGAUUAUUAUUUCGACGUGUAUCCCGGAAAACAGGCUUUAAGCGAAUCGAAAUCCGAGCGCGAGAAACGCUCUAAAUUGGAAUGCACCGAAUCGGAGAGCGUUGAAAUCGAAGAGAACAUCACGCUGGAGUUGUGCGAUGGCAACAAAUGCACCAAAAACGAGACCUGCUGCAAGAAGAGCUACACCAUCUUCACGGAGCCGACGGAACUAGGCAAAAACGAGACUUACACAACGAUCUUCUAUUGGUUCUCAUCGAUAACUUACGGAUUGCUUCCGUUCGUUCUCAUAGCCUCCUUCAACUGUUUCCUCAUCAAAGCAGUCUUCGAAUCCACGAGAAUGAGGAAAGGCAUGAUGACUGCAGCUGAAUCCUCGAAGCAACGCAACGAAAACAGAAUCACGAUCCUGCUGAUAGGCAUCAUAAUAUUAUUCCUGAUAUGCCAAACGCCGACGGCUUUCUUCCUGAUCUACGACGCCCUCGACGACGCCAACAUGGACAGCAACAUCAAGAGAGCGUUAGGCAACAUCUUCAACCUGCUGAUCAAUCUGAACGCCUCCUGCAACUUCCUGAUGUACUGCGUCCUCUCCGAUAACUAUCGGAGGACCUUCAAGUUGUUCUUCUGCUCGAGGAAUCUGAACAGAGAGGACACCUCGGUGACGACGUACGCCUUGAGUCGCAGCAGUCGUUACAACAAUGCCGCCAACAACGGCUUCAGGAGGAACAUCAGCGAGUACAGGACACCGCGCAACGUCGAGACCCAAAGCCUGAACAGCGUGCCGCGUUCAAAGUCUUUGAUGACUAGGCCGAUAGGCAAAGCAAAAUCGACGGAUCUGAACGUUUGAGAAA